GAAAUUAAGCACAUUUGCAAGUGCAAAUGUUCAUGCCCUUGCCUGCGUUGUUGAUGUCCUCGUGAAUAUCACGGAGUUUGAAGCCGAACUCGCCACUCGCAACUUCCAUUUUCAAACUUCGUCGUUCGUCAUGGAGCCUUUCGCAGUGACCCUCCAUCAGGAGCAAAUGAAUCCCCACAACGACGUCGCGACUUCCUCAUCCGGUCUGUCAAAUUUUGGUGCAAGCAAGAUGUUGCUCAAUUUCCUUCCUGCAAAACGUCACCUCCAAUCCAAGCUCCAGGAAAAUGGACAUUGAGAAAACAAUCAAGCUUGGAAGCCCAUCACUCUUACUGUAUCACCACCCGCAUACUUUAGCUAGCCUGGCGGCCAGGCUUUGUAUCGAAAUCGGGAAGUCCGCACAUCCCGAUGCAACGGCUCACAUCAUUCAAAUCGAGGUCGUUCUGGACGAGAAUGGGAACCUUCCGCUUGAAUAUCUCAACACCAAUUCCAGCGGCGCGGUACCUGCCCUGAUUCGACCUCCACCCGAAACGGCCAUCAGCUCGAGCAUUGACAUUGUCGACUAUUUUGCACAGAGAGAUUUUCCGAGCCUGAUUCCAACUGCCCACAUGGACGAGAUUGAGCCCUUGCUACGAAAAAGGGAGAUAUUUGAGCAAGAUAUCCUACUGCUUACAUAUUCAAGAACGCCGCUUGAGAGCUAUCCUUUAAUUGGUGAUAUUGUCUCUCAGGUGCGCGAACAAAGCUUCCGUGGAAACUACGAGUAUCAAGUGGCACUGCCGAAGAAACUCAAGUUGGAACGUGACGAUAUCCACCACGCUUUCGUGUUUCCAGAGUUGCAUCAAGCAGAAGACAGAAUCAAAUCUUUCUUCGCCAAACUUUAUAUGAUUCGGUUGAGGCACAAGAAAGCAGGCAGUAUAUGGUUAUUUGGGACCCAGCACGGCACUGCGCUCGACGCCCAUGCCGCUGUUUUGAUACAUCGUUUGCUCGACAUCACGAGAGUAGAAAUGAUGCCAACGGAGUUGCUCUGGUGGGCACUCCCUAUUUUUCGAUCUCCCAUGUGGCAAGAAAUCUCCAAAGGGAAAGAUACAAUGGGUUGGGAUGGGACGGAGUCGUUACGGGACAAGAUGACUGUAUCGGAUACCGAUGGAGCUUCGAAUCUGCAAAUGAAAGAAAAAAGUCGAGCCGAAUAAUGAGAGGUCGUGGUAUUGGUUACAAUCAUGAUUUAGCGAGGGCAUACGGAGAUACCCUGUUGACUGUCAGAUCAAUUUGUUGUGGGUUCGGGUGUGGCUGCAUC